GGAGUCAACAUGGUACCGACAGUGACUGACUGCAGCUGUGUUAGCAUUAGCAGGAGUUAACACACUCCUUCUGUUUCUCGGCGUGCUACAUUUUUUGGGGACUGAAGUGUGCAGGUUGGAUCUCACAGAUCUACUGCCGCUCCUCUCCUGUUUCAUCUCCUCUCCCCUGCUUGCUCUGAUCACAUCAAUAUGGCCAGCGGGGAUGAUGAUGACCCCAUUAUAGAAGAGAUUGAUGUGUAUCUUGCCAAAAGCCUUGCAGAAAAGUUGUAUCUUUUUCAGUACCCUGUCCGACCCUCCGCUAUGACCUAUGAUGAUGUCAACCACUUAGCUGCUAAGAUCAAACCCAAACAGCAAAGGGUGGAGCUGGAAAUGGCCAUCAACACAAUGAGUCCAAACUACUGUCGCAGCAAAGGAGAGCAGAUUGCUCUGAAUGUGGAUGGCACCGCCUAUGAUGAAACCAACACAUAUUCAGCUAAAGUGAUGGACAAACAGACGUUUUCCUCCAUCCAAGCCACCACCAACACCUCCAGAUAUGCUGCUGCUGUUUUCCGCAAAGGUGAGCUUCAUGUCACACCUCUGACGGGAAUCCUCCAGAUGAGACCCAGCUUCUCUUACCUGGACAAGGCUGAUAACAAAACCAGAGAGAGGGAGGCAGCUAAUGAAGGUGGAGACUCCUCCCAGGAUGAAGCUGAGGAGGAAGCCAAAGCCAUUACGGUGAGGUUUGCUCGUCCCGAGUCGGAGCAGGCCCGGCAGAGGAGGAUCCAAUCCUAUGAGUUCCUCCAGAGGAAGCAGGCAGAGGAGCCCUGGGUUCACCUGCACUACCACGGUGUCAAGGAUAGCCGUUCAGAGCAUGAAAAGCAGUACCUCUUCUGCCAGUCAGUGGACGCAUCACAGAACACCGAACUGGUCAAAACUCCUAAGGAGUAUCUCGCAAUGCUGAUGCCACCUCUCGCAGAGGAAAAAGUUGUAAAGCCUGUAGGACCGAGUAAUGUGCUUUCCAUGGCUCAACUCCGUACUCUGCCGCUGGGUGAGCAGGUCAAGACCCUGAUGAAGAACGUCAAGGUGAUGCCAUUUGCGAACCUGAUGGGCCUGCUCGCCUCUGGCACAGACUCGACCGCAGUGAUGCGCUGCAUCCAGCAGGUGGCUCUGCUGGUUCAAGGGAACUGGGUCGUCAAGAGUGAUGUUCUGUAUCCUAAAAACACCUGCAGCCCUCACAGUGGUGUCCCUGCUGAAGUGCUCUGUCGUGGCAGGGACUUUGUGAUGUGGAGGUUCACUCUGGAGCGCUCUUUGAUGAGAAAGGAGAUUGCGUCCAUCAUCAAACUUCCUCCAGAGGAUGUGAAGGAGUUCCUGGAGCAUGUGGCAGUGCCUCGGAUAAACCGGGGCUGGGAGUUCCUGUUGCCUACUGAUGUAGACUUCGUUAAGAAACACCAAGAUGUUGCCCACAGGCAACACAUGCUGUGGCUUGGCAUCCAGAGCAAGUUGGAAAAGGUCUUUAACUUCUCUAAAGAAGACUUCAUGCCAAAGAAUUCCCCUCAGCCUGAACCUGUUCAUGUCAGCGGGGAGCAACGCCUGAAGAUGGCUCAAGAUCGUGCACAAGAAAAACAGUCGUCCCUACAAAAGGACCUGGACUCCAAACGAGCGGUCCACAUCAAACAAGAACCCGUCAGUGACAGGGAAGACGAACCCAUGGACACCUCCUCUCCCCCUUCCUCCUCCUCCAUCCCCAACGGUUCUAUCAAUGGUUAUCCCACUGCCACCUCCCCCAGCUUCGAUCACACUAACGGUAACGGAGGGAGUCCCACCAACACGCCUUCCCAAGAGCUGCAAGACUUUGUGAUCAAGACUUUCAGGAAGCAUUUUGUACUGACGCUGAACGAGUUUAAGAGGCUAUUUAACCUCCACCUGGCUUCCAUGCCGGCGGGGCACAGUGUCUUUCACUCCAUCUCGGACCGCAUGCUACAGGAAGCUGUACUGUCCUGCCAGUGCAAACAGAUAAUGGUGCCUUUUCCUGCUCAGAGCACAGCGUCCCCUGAUGAACAGAAGGUGUUUGGUUUGUGGGAGACUGGAGAGGAAUUCGACAAGCACCGCCGGCUGCUGUUUGACCUGUUCACAAAGAACUACCGUGUCAGGAGGAAUAUUGUACAAGCAAGACUAGCAGAGGAGCUUGGAGAUGUCUCCAAGCCUGAAAUUGACCGGCUGCUCAAGGAGUGCUGCAGCAGCCACGCAGGGAUGUGGUACCUCAAGGGAACAAUACAGUCCUGACACUGAGAGCCUGCCCCCUGCGGUCACCGUCAGCCAAUCAAAUCCUCUCCCAGGUGGUCCCGUGGGAGGGCAGUCACGAGAUGAGAGCCAAUCACAGCUCGCCCAGCUCUGAGGUCCGGGGCGAUCGGAGGACAAAGAUGUCAGCCGUCUGCUCAGAACGCGAAGCUGAAGCAUUUCGGACAUUAACACAAGCACUCUGAUGCAGCGCAAAGGACAAACUCCUCUCACACUCACACACUGACAGCUGGAGCGUGAGCAGAAAAAAAAUGAAUAUUUAAAAAUAAAAAAAAGUGAAGAAAUAGCGAGAUACAUAUACGGUUUAUCAAUAGAUUUUGGAUCUCUGGCUUCAUGUUUGAUGAACUUUAUUUUUGAAGUAAGCUUUUACCAGAGCAGGAUGGUGUUUACUAUUGAAAACAGCUGCGGUUCAGACUGCUUUCAUUUUACCUCCUGAUGUUUAAAAAAAAAUAAAUUAAAAUUAAAAAAAUGUAUCUUUGCUUUUUACGUUGUCACCAACUGAGCAAACAUUGUUUUUUAAGGCCUUGUGGGUAGAAAACCCUCAAAAGAGCAAACCUUAUUUCCUUUUUCAUCCAUUAACUUAACAAAAUGUGACUUGGUUAAAGAUUAUCAAACGAAUACAGUAUUUAUUUCACCAACCAAUUCAACACACAAUGGCUUUAACGAUGGAUGCAAAUGUUUAAUUUAAAAUGUUGAGUCAACAUGUGGGGGGAAGAAAAACAUCUUAUGAUGCAAAAAAGCCCUAAUUGUCACUGUGCUCAUGUUGUGGAUUGAAAUCACUUUGUCUGGCAAUCAUGGACCUGGAAAACAGUUACAUCUAAUGUGGCAUUUCCCACAAUUCUCUAUUAUUCAGUCUAAUGUGUAGUGAAAUAACAAAUUGGAGAAGAAAAGGAUUAAAUGGCUUGAAGUUGAGGUUUUGUUUUUCUCGGUUGGAUGUACAAAGUUUCAAAUGGUUUUCCUUAUGAGAGAAAGUAGAGUGACUGAUUUUGUUAGCCAAUAAAGAUGCAAUUCGGAGAGAAGUUGUCAUAUUUUUAUCACAAAUGUCAGGAUUUAAUCCAUUAUAUUGUAAAAGAAAAAAAAGAAAGGAAAAAAGGAGCUGGAACAGAUUCAUUCAUUAUUCAAAGUCGAUAGGAUGAAUUGUGGGUGAUGGGGGAGGUGUUGCUAUGGAUAUGUUGGUGUUUUGCCAUGUGCUGCUAUCUUGAGCCUCCAUAUAAAGUGCCUCUGCCUCAUAAGGCAUUCAGGACAAACUCCCACCUGCUCAUAAAUGCCAUUACAAAGACUAUAAUGCUUUGAUUCUCAUUGAAGUACUUUAAGACCUUUAUGAGUGGAAAUGUAAAUAAAGGCUUAAUCAGUAAUGACACUUGCAAGUUUUUUUUUCCAUCGGUUACUUUGCUCAAUAAAUAUUGUAAUGUCU